AUGUCUACUAUCAACAGCGUUACCGCCGCCUUAGGUAAGGAUUUCGAGAAGCUCACUAGCCCCGACAACUAUCACGAGUGGACCAAGGCUUUCAUCGACAUUUGCUUUAUCCAUAGAUACAUGGCGCACUACAACGGUACUGUCGACAACCCUGAGAAGCCUAAUCUUCCCUCCUAUGUCGCCCCCCGGGUUACACGCUCCAGGUCUAAUAUCGACUUGCGCACCGCUGUACCAGUUCCUAUCUCGACUAACGCUGCAAACGAGCUUGCCGUCUACGACCGCGCUCUCCAGAAUGCUAUCCAGCUCAACAACAAGGCUUCCAAGAACAUCUUAGUAGACCGCGCCCUAACUAAGCUCAACAACAUUACUAUAACUGACCCUGCGGCCAUCAGGCCUCUUCUUGCUCAGUAUAAGGGCCUGUACUACGACCUCAAUAACGCUGGCGGAACUAUGUCGCGCAACCAACUCAUCAACAAGAUCAACGGACUUAACCACUAUGGUACUCUCAUCACCGCCGACGUCUUCAGGACCUACAAGACCCUCCUCUUCAACUACCGUGACGACAACAAGGACAAGUGGACCAUUCCAAAGGACAAGCACCCUCGCGAAGAUCCUGCCACUAACCGGCGCAACACCCGCCCCGUCAACAACGUCCCUAACAAGUCUAACUCACCUACGUGCUCGCACUGCGGCAACGUUGGUCACUCCGUCGACACCUGCCGUUAUGUAGGUAAACCCGACACACCUACAUGCACCUUCUGCAAGAAGCUAGGUCACGUCAAGGCUACUUGUCGCAAGAAGGCUCGUAAGGAUGCUCCGUCUGCCCCCGCUUCCAACGCAGACCUCGCCCUCGUCAACAACAACAACAACGUGUUCUUCUCCGACCGCCUCGACCGCAUGAUCGCCUCUGCGCACGACCUUUCCUCGCCCCAGGACACCUCCGAUUUCGAUUGUCUCGACAUCGACUGCCUAAACCUCGACUAUAUAUAUGCCCACCCCACACCCAUGACCAGCGCUGAUUCCUCUCAGAACUGCGGGUAUCUUGCUUGUGCAAGGGGGGCUGACCGUAAGGUCAGUUUCUUCAAGGUCAAGAGCGAGAUUGCUCAGCUCCUUCUGGACACCUUUCGACGCCUCUCCAAUAAACAUGGUCGUCCUAUUGUACGUCUUCGUUGCGACAACGAGUUCGUGCGACAAGCAAUCACCGACCACUGCACUGCUCAUAGCAUCACCAUUAAAGCCAGUGUACCCUAUGCCCAUCAUCAGGCUGGCGCUGCCGAACGCUCGCACCGUACAGUGCGGGAGCGUGCUGCCGCGAUGAUUCAGGAUUUUACACCUACCUCUCCCAUGGUCCAGGGAAUUGUGAACCGGAACGAGGAGACCCUUCGCAAUGCUACGCUGCCCGAAGGCCUCUAG